ACAGUGGGCUUUUCCCACAAGAUCAACAUUCCCUGAUAUAUUGUUUAUUAAAAUGGUAGCGUAGCCGAAGUUUAAGGGAUUCGGAGUUUAUGUUGUUGAUAUGAGGUCGUUCUAAAAGACAGUUUCAUCUUUCACUUUAUUAAAACUUUUGAUAAAAUGGACACAUACAUUUUCAUAAGGCACCCUGAAUAUAUAGGAGUUGCAAUGCCUGCGUGGUGAUUUACCCUUAGAGCCUGUACUUAUCUGAACAAAAACGGGACGCGUCCUCCAACACCAGACAAGCUCGUUGUCCCAGGGGCAGCGUACGAAUGAGUCGUAAGCAAGGAAGAGAGAGGUUAAAGGUCAUAUGCCCCCCUUAUAUAGACUUUAUGCCUGAGUUGUCAAAGGCUCUUUUACAGACGCACGCAACCACUACAGCGCGUCCGGGGCCGCGACGUCAUCUUGCAUCAUGGGGCAUCUUCAGCGUAUCCGGGGCAUCGACAUCAUCCCGCGUCAUAGGGCAUCACUACAACUUCCUCCAUCACCAACGUGUGAGCUCGCUCCGUCCGGCGGCAGGUAUCCGUAUGACCUCCGAUCCCUCGUACACCUCCGAGCCCAUCCAGUUCAUAGGAAGCUCCAGCUCAGCAGAUGACAUCACAGGGACACCCGAUAUGAAGCGAGCGAACACGGUCCACGCCCAAGCAGGUCCUCAUGGCCUUCGGCUGCAGCCAUCACAUCAUUCGUCUCUCGGGGUGGAAGAUGCGACACCACGAUACAGUACUCCAGCUGGGAACAAAACUAUCAGCAAGACAACCCCCAGUCACUUCUGUCAAAGAAUGCCAAAAAGAAAGAUUAGUACAGGUAAAAAGGCAUAA